AUGGAUGGAGGGGCGAGUCUUCAUAGCCACGCUCAUCAGAGUCCCGGCGACCGCAACGAGGAAGUGGGUAGCUCCUCCACUCGGGCUGAGCCGACCGAUAGUGAAAUUCACGAUACACAGGCAGACACAGACCCAAAGUACAACCCACAUAAGCACAAAAAAGAGAACUCAGAGGCACGACUCGGUCCUCUUACUCCAGCCCAGCGAAGGCGCGCCAUAAUUGGCGACGAGGAAGGCGGUCCCUCCUCGCAACCUGAGGCGUCUAUCAAGCAGAUAGCUCGCGCCUCUUCUCCAACAUCUAUUACGCCGGAUGAACUUCAUGAAAAUGAUGGCGACGACAAAAACACUCCUGUUCAUCCUAGAUUGCCUCUUACGACGCCACAUGCGACCGCAGCCGCAACUCAUGAGCCCGUCUCUAGAGAUAAAGCCCGUAAGAGAGCCCGUGGCUCCCACGGGCCAGUGUACCAGAGCUAUCAAGAGUAUGGCAACCAUGGCCCCCAAAACGAGACCUCGAAGUUUGGGAUUCCCUUAAUCUCUCUCAUUCCUGAUACUCAGCCUGUGGACAGAAACGGGGUAACCAGUCAUGGCGGCCAGCCCUACCAACAUGAUUGGGACGGUGCCCACGAGCGGGAGGCUUACCCUUACCCCGAAGAGAUACACACUCCAGCCUUCAUGGAAAAUCAAGCUUGGGCCAAUUCGAAAUUGAUCCUGCACGUAUUUGCGAUACUGUUGUCUAUCUCCUCUUUAGGUCUGAUUUUGAGCCUGAUUCCGAAUAGAGACGUAAUUUCGUCUUCGGUAAUGUUUUCGUUCCCGGUUCCUGCAAUCGCCAUAGGGUGGGGUUUUAUCGAAGUCAUGGCCUUCAUCUUCAUUUUGAAGUGCAGGCCCGGCCCCGGCAUUCUCAAUGGGAUCCUCCCCCUUGGCCAGCUCGGCCUCUCACUAGUUCUGGCGCUCGCCUGCGUCGUCGUUGCGUACUUGCAGUGGACCUCCAUCUCGGCCAUUGAUCGCAGAUGCAGCCGUACGCCCAGUACAACGUUGGUCUAUAAUAAUUGGCAAGACUUGUGCCAGUCGCAAUGGCCUGAGAAGAAGCCCUCCGCGAUGGCCAUAGCGAUUAUCAACAUCAUAACCGCGGUUGUCUAUGUUGUUCUGUUCGUCGCCGCCUGCAUCGAUACCAUUUACGGAAAAGAGGAGGAAGAGUGA